AUGGCCGAAUUGGCCACCACUUUUGUGUCAUUGAGUGCGGAGAGUCGUACGUUUGUGAUAAUGAAGCUUUAUUUUGAAGCUGAAAAGUAUUUGAAGGACCCACUGUCAUUAAGCAAUGUGUUUAAUGAUUCUAAAUUGACCAACUCUCCAAAACAUAUCUAUGCCUUAGUGAGUCUGACUCGAAGGUAUGAAUCGUAUAUAGCAUAUAUCAUCAAGAGAGCUUGUUUGGACGUGGGGAAAAGACCUAAAGGUGCUACAAAUGAAGUGAUUCGGUUAUUGGUUCAUGAUUUUCUCUUCUCCAGUAGAGGACGAAUCCAAAGUGGGAAACAUCCAGUUAAAGAAUGGUUUCUUCUGAAUAAGGCCAGAUUACAGGCAGAAAUGACUAGAUUGAAGGUCAAGCAUGGUGUGAAAUUGGUUGAAGAUUUCGAAGUGGCUCAAGAUGAUGACGAAUCGGAGUUUGUAAGUGAUAUCCGAUGGGUGCGUAUUAAUAAAGUCAAAUGUACUCGGGACGACAUCACCAAAGUGAUUCCAGAAUUAAAAUUGCAAAUGGUGGAUGACCUUUCGGAUGUCACGGGUCCUGGGAAAUGUUAUAUUGAUCCUUAUAUUCCAUAUUUGUUUGGGUUACAUAAAAGAGAUAAACUCACAUCUACCAAAGCAUAUUUGGAAGGUAGUGUUAUUAUCCAAGAUAGAGCAUCAUGUUUCCCCAGUCAUAUUCUUAACUAUAACCAUGUACAUACUCAAGUCAUAGAUGCCUGUGCUGCUCCAGGGAACAAGACUACUCAUUCAGCAUCUUAUAUGGAUCUUUCUAAAGACCCAGAAAGUUGCGUGUAUGCCUUUGAAAGAGAUAAGGAAAGAGUAGGUACCUUGAGAACCAUGUGCAAUAAAGCACUUAAUAAGAAAACACACCUGUUGAUUCAAGUGACUCAUGCUGACUUCACUUCCACGAAGCCAGAAGAGUUUCCUCAAGUCACCGGUCUUGUGGUGGAUCCAAGUUGUAGUGGUAGUGGGAUUAGAGGUAGAGCUGCAGAUGCCGUUGACCAUACAAGAUUGCAAAAAUUGGCCAAUUUCCAAUUUGCUAUCAUGAAACAUGCUUUACAGUUCCCCCUGGCAACCAAAGUUGUGUAUUCAACAUGUUCUAUUCAUGCUGAGGAAAAUGAAAGAGUUACUGUGGAUUUAUUGCGUGAUCCAGCAAUCUCGCAGUUGGGAUGGACUUUGGCUUCAAGAGAAGACGUCAUACCACGAUGGGAACGGAGAGGCUGGCCAGAAGAAUUUAGAGCCAUUGCAUCUACUGAAGCAGCUUGUGAACGGCUUGCUGCAGGAUGUGUUAGAAGUAACCCUGGAGAAGAUGGAGGUAUUGGGUUCUUUGCUGCAUGUUUUAUUAAAAAAGAUGAUGGUAGUAAGGAAGAAGAACCAGAAGAAGAAGAAGUACCAGAAGAGUGGACAGGGUUUGAAGGCUAA